AUGGCACACUCGCCUAACAACCACUACAGCUUUCUACCCGACCCACACACAACAGAAUAUCUCGCCAUGGAUCAUCGACAACACGAUCGUUCCCCUUCCCCAGGACGCAAAUUCUGGCCUUUCAACCGCUCUCGUUCUUCCAGCCCCAACACGCAAGGUCAUCAUCAUCAUCAGCAGCAGCAGCAGCCCAACCUCAACCUUGAUACCAGUUUCAACACCACUCGAUCGCGCAAGUCGUCGAACAACGAUGCCGUGAGCCCUUCCGGCUCUGCUUCGAGCUUUGUUGUCCGAAGUGUUGUGCGUAGUCCUGGUGGUGUUUCUCUCCCUACCUCUCCUUCGGGUGAGCAAAACCAGCCAUUUUUUUCGCAAGGCUCGCGCCAACAGUCAGCUUCUCCAGCGAGGCGGAUGACACUCGAAGAUUCGGACGAUGAUAUCAUGGGUCAACCGCAGCGGCUACAGUACAGACGAUCGAAGAGUAAGCCGCUUGGUGCUGCACCUGCUAGUCUUAGCGUUCCUGCUGGUGGUCCGGGUGGAGGUGUUGGAUAUGGUACUGCACGAAGCUCCAACGAUGGAAGACCGGAGUCUGCCAAUGCAAUGAACCAGCCUUCUCCCUACUAUCGCCCUGCUAGUCCUUCUGGCAGUAUGAAAGCUGGUGACUUUCAAAAAGGCGCCAAGCAGAGAGGUCGUUCGCCGAGAAAAUCGAUUUCGGGCACCAGCAGCUCUCAUAGCCACUCUGGACAUUCAGGUAUACCCACAAUGGAGCAACAGGGCAGCUCGGGUUCUGCGCACUCUGCUCAAUCUUCAGCUGCCAACAGUAGCAGUGGUAAGAAGUCAGUCGCUAGGAUCACUGCUGGAACCAAGAGUCUUGCUCAGCAACAGCACCAGCAGCACCAGCAAGGGUCUUCCAGAGGUCCCAGUCCUGCUGGUGCUAGACAUGUUGCGAUGUCUGGUCCCCAUCAGUUCCCUGGACAGCAGUUCCCACAGCAACAGCAAUACCAACAGCACCGGCAUCACCCUCAGGCACCACGCAACCACAGCGCAGGUACACCUCCCCUCGACCAGCGCGGAAUGAUGAUGAACAACUUCCCCCCUACAAUGCCUGCUGCACAAGACCAUUCGCCAUCCCGCUCGCGUCGCUUCUCCUUCGGCAUCGUUAACAGGCUCCGCCGAGACAGUGACGCAGGUGCGCAGCCACCAAUGAUGCCUGCUGCUGCACCUCUGGACGGCCUGCCCUCGCCCGUAGACAUCCCAUUCGGCCGCUCACCCAACUCUCCUCUGCGCUACGACAAUGGUGCAGACACCGACUACUCUCGCGCCAAUUCACCUUUUGGCUCUGUAUCGCCUGCUAAAGCUGGCGGUAGCCCUCACUCUUCUGGCUUCCUUUCGACUCUGAUGGGCAGACAAGCAGCUGAGGAGCGCGAAGCAAGACGCAAUUCGCACCACGACGACCGAGCUCCACGCAGCUGUUCCCCUAGCGGAAUCCCUGGCUCGAACUUGGCUGGGAAAUGGUUCAAAGGCGUCUUUGGUCGUUCUCCUCGUACAGACGAAAAGGAUGCCAACUAUGCAGCUGAUCCGUACCCUUCCACCCCGAGUGGUGCUAGGGAUGUAGAGGACGAGGCGGCGUAUGCACAGAAACUCGCUUCGAUGAGACAAGCUCGUCACAUUGUCGACGAGGAGAGACAGAGACAUUUUAUGGCGCCUACUACCCCUACCGCUCCUGGAGCAAAGGGCUUGGCAGGCUUCGAUCCGGCUCAUGAUAGGGAGUUCAGACCCAAACAGGUUGUGGACAGCGAUGCAGAAGAUGCAGGUUUGGAUGCGGCACUGGAGUUCGAGUUGGGUAGGAAGAAGUCUCCUCCUGGACGCAAGCCAGUGCCUACCUACCUGCCUGCUGCCAUUAUGCAGGGUGGCGAGGGCGAUCUGAGGGAUACUGUCCGUGCACCGGAGAAGCCUUUGACUCCAGCGCAGAAGAUCAUUCAGGAGACGAGAUCGAAGCAGCUUGCCAGGGAGCAGAUCGAAGCGCAGCGAAAACAGACCGUCAUUCAACAGGAGCAACUUGCUAAUGCUCCUCCUACACCUCCCAAGACCAACACCAACUUUGCUACUCCGGCGGGUCACGGGCAGCGAUUCCCCAGUGGAGCGCACCAAACACUUGGCGAGUCAGCUAAGGCCUCCAACCUUACCCCCACCCCUGCACCCGCUGGCAGCCAACAGAGUGGUGGAGGUAGCACCCUAGCCCCAGGCUCCGGUCCCUUGCCAUUGAACAUGCCCCUCCCCUCCGCCCUCCAAGAAAUGAUGAUCCGAUUCUACCGUUUCGAACGCUACUCGGUCCCCCUCAUCCGUUCUCUCGAAACUCGCCUGCUCGACAUCGAACGAGACUCGAUGCUCGCCAACAAUGCUCAAGCUCGCUCUGCAUCUGUUUCCUCGCACAACAGCGCAGAGAUGGAUCGAUGGGUCACACAGAUGACUUUGCUUAUGAAGCACGAAGUAGGUCAACUCAAGGCUGCCACAAGGGAGAUCAAGGAGAGUAGGGAACUCGUUGCGAACAUCGCAAAGCAUGGAGCUGGGGUGAUGGGGUUGAGUAAUUCUGUAAGCUCCUUUGGUAGUCUUGUUGCUAUUACGCCUAGUGCUUCGGUUCAGCAGCCGGUGGAGAAGGCGAGGGAGACAAAUGUGUCUAGUUCUACUUUCCAGUCUGCUAUUCCCAGAGCAGCGGUGGUGGGGGGAAAUAAGGCCACUUCGCCGACAAAGGCCAAUUUUGGAUUUGCUUCAGAGAGUGGUAAGGAGCAGAAGAAAGCAAGUGCGAGGGAUAGAUCGGUCAGUCCUAAUCCUAGGCCGAGAUUUACGGAUGUGCUAGGGAAACCGAUGGUUGGUGGUAGGUUGAGUCCCAGUCCUGCGGCAGUGAGCCCGGUCGAGGGGGUGAAGGUGGAGGAUCGAUUGAAGGCGUUGCUCCCCGCCACUCCCACUAAGCAGACGGAGGCCAAGGUGGAAACACAGGACAAGUUUGAGCAGGAAGAGAAAGAGGGAGAGAAGAGUGUAAGCGAUGACAUUGCUGCUGCACUCGCUGCUAUUGAUGCCACCUCAUUCACUCCCGCUACUGCUGAGAUGGAAAAGGAGAGGGAGGAGGUUGAGAACCAUGUGCCGAUCACCGAAUCCGCAUCCAACUCCAGCGCAGACUCAGCGGAGGCACUCAUCGAACCUCUCACUCCCACUCUCGAACAACUCGCUUCGCACCCCGCCGAAGCUUCGGAAAUCAGCACCAAGUCGAGUGCGCUUCCCUACCUCGCUGACUCUAAACCUGCUAGUCCUGUUAAAAGUCAUUUCACCUCACCCUCCAUGGGCUCGGCUUCGGGUCGAAUUUCCCCGACCAAGUUGUUUGCACAUAAGUUGGCAGCUACGGCCAGCAUCACUUCCAACGCCUCAACUGGUAGCCCCAAGGCCAGUGUCAAGUUGGCAUUGGUCGAGAAGAAGAGAUUCACUCUUCCCGCACCAUCCACCUCGGCCACCACGGCAGCGGCGACAGAGGGUGGAAUGAUGGGUGUCACUACCGUCAUUAGUGCUAGACAAGGAGGGAAGCUCAGCAGAACACCAAGCUAUCCCUUGGAGGAUGCAAGUACUGCACCGACGUCGACUGCGUUUAGUGGUUUGGCAAAGGUGAAGCCGGUUGGUCAUACGGCUACGUUAAGGGAGAGAGUGGCGUUCUUCGAUGCUGCCAAGUAG